AUGAGGCCUGCAGCCACAACGCUCCUUCGCUCCAGUGUAUGCGCUGCCUCUGCGUCCACCAGCGGCACACGCACAGCCAUCGCCCUCCGAACUUUCGCAACCACAACCCGCACUUCCUCGGACUCGCCCUCUUCCGCACUAGACGAACUCUCCUCCUCCAUCGAGAAGCUCGCUCGUCUUCGCGAAUCCUCCUCCUCCACCAACCCUCCUUCACCUGGUACCGCUGGGGGCGUCUACAACCCGCAAGCGCGUACACCAGUCAAAGAACGCCAGACCGUCUCCGGCCGAGCCUUUAUGAACGGUCACUACUACAACCCGUCUACGCUCGCGUACGAGUCGAUCACGCAACGUCCACCCCGUCUUGCACGCCCCCUUCUCGGCCCCACAAAAGCAGAAGCAACCAAACAGGACCUCAUCCACAUCAACGGCUUGAAACCCGGCAAGCCGAGUCUGCACGAUGAUAGUUAUAAGAACGCCGCGAUCCUAGCGAAUUACGUGAGCGAGAUGGGUAAGAUCUUGCCACGAGCGAGCACGGGGUUGACGAGGAAGAGUCAGAGAGGUGUGGGAAAGGCCGUGAGGAGAGCGAGGAGUAUGGGGUUGCUGCCGGUGAUGAGUCGGGGUGGGACACGGGCGAGCGGUGCGGGUUGGAAGUGA